AAUCUCCUAUUCUCUUGCUUUCUACCCAACAACUGAACUAUCAUUUUCAUCAGAGCAAGUUGUUUAUUUCCCAAUUUGAUUUGGUGGCGCCGGGAACUCGUAUUCCCGGUCGCCUCGCCCGUUACCCAUCUCCAGUUUUUCAAAUAAAAUGGCGUUUCAGGGCAUAGUUGUAAUUUUCGACUUUGACAGGACCUUGAUCGAUGGCGAUAGCGAUAAUUGGGUGGUGACGCAGAUGGAGCUCACCGAAGUAUUCAAUCAACUCCGCCCUUCCUUACCGUGGAACGCUCUCAUGGAUAGGAUGAUGAAGGAGCUCCAUUUACGAGGGAAAACGGUUGAUGACAUUGCUAACUGUUUGGGGAAGACUCCCCUGGAUUCCCGUAUAAUUGCCGCCAUCAAAUCAGCUCAUUCGUUAGGGUGUGACUUGAAAAUAGUGAGUGACGCGAAUCAAUUUUUCAUUGAAACUAUCUUGGAACAUCACGGCUUGUUGGGAUGCUUUUCGGAGAUUUUUACAAACCCAACUCUUGUAGAUGAAGAAGGAGCGCUUAGGAUUUUGCCUUACCAUCCCUCUACCUCAUCUCCUCAUGCUUGCAAUCUAUGCCCUUCAAAUUUAUGCAAGGGUUUGGUCCUUGAACAGAUUCACGCUUCUGCUCUUGGAUGCGGGAAGCAAAGAGUUAUCUACCUUGGAGAUGGGAGAGGUGAUUUUUGCCCAACAUUGAAGCUUGGAGAUGGUGACUUUGUGAUGCCAAGGAAGAACUAUCCUCUGUGGGACCUCAUUUGCAGUGAUCCGAAGCUUAUCAAAGCCGAAGUGCAUGAAUGGAGCAACUCAAAGGAGCUUGAGAAGGUCCUACUACACCUUAUCGACACAAUCUCCAUCAAAGUAAAAAUUGAUAGUAACAGUUCCAGUCACCAGAACUCAUCUGAAUGCAAUUCUCAGACAAUGCGGGUUUGCUCAUGAAGAUCUAAGCAUUUCAUCAAAAAGAUGAAUGUUUUUAGUGGCUAACUGCUCUUCUAUUAAUUUAGUUUCUAAAGGGUUCUACAAUGAGGUGAUGGCUGACGCUUGAGCACUUGGUUAAUCCCUGAAUUGUAUUUUAGUAGCAGGUUUUAUGGAUUGACUUAAAAUAUUUUGCUUGAUAGUUUCAUUCUCUUAUCUCCAGAUGCUUUGUUUGUUCCUAUCCAAGUAAGGAAUAUUUAGGCUGAUUGAUACGAAGAUUUAUUUCUGUCUUCUUGUUGGCAAAAAUAUUAGUGGCUCUAGAGAACU